AAAUAAAUACAAAAAAAAAAUUAAUUACAAGUUUUUGUUUAUUAAGAAGACUAAAAUAAAUUUGCAUAAUUUUUGAAUCUUAAAGCUAUUUGGCUUAUAAAAAUGAACGAUAACUCAAUAAAUAACUAUUAAUAAUUGCUUACUUAGAGGUAAUAAGAUGCUUCCGAACUAGGAUAAAACAACAUCUAAGAAAUUGAGAUGGUUGAUUAAACAAAUAAUGUUUAAAAUACUAUGAAUAUUUAAUACCUUAAGUAAAUCCCGCUCAGUUAAGAAAAUGAAAAAAUUGUAAAAAGCUAAAAUAAUCCUGAAAAUAUUGUGGCUGAAGAAAAGGUUGCAGUUAAAUAACCUUUGACUCAAACACUUUACAUUUGUUAUUUAGUUUUACUUAUUCCACUUUGCGCAGCAAUUACUGGGCUAGCAGAUACAGAUUAAAUAAUAUAUGGAUCUAUCCCAAGCUAUUUAAAAGGUCUUUUCAUAGGUCUUUUAGUUGUUACUUUGGUCAAUAUGAUAUAUUUAAUUCUAGUUUAACUUUAUGUCAGCCGUAAAUAUAUUGAUAGUAUCCCUUUUAAGCACAAGCUUGUUAUUUGUGGUAUCUGGUUCAUAUUAAAUUCUGGAUUUUUUAUUAUUGGAGGCUUAUCAUUUAGAGGAUACAGAUAUAUGAUUGACGAUUGUAAUAACUAUUACACAGAAAUUUGGUAAAGAGAAGCUCUUAAUUUAUAUGACAGUGCAAAGAGCACUUUGUGUACAUCUUCAUGUUUAUGUGACAUGAAAUUUCCUUUUAUAUUGCCAUAAGACUUGUAAAACAAAAUAACUCCUUAUAUUAAUAACUCACAAAUGGUAGUCAACAUCUCACAAUGUCCAGGAAGCUUUCAAAAGAACGACUUGUAUUAUUAACUCAAGUAAGCUGAAAAUUAUUGGGGCUGCUCAGGAAUAUGCACACCUCUAAACUUAUACUAUUUCACUGAUAUUAAUAGAGGAACACCAACUGAGCAGAGACCUUGUCUAUAAGUUGCUAUUGAGGAUCAUCUUCCUCAGGUUGUAAAUCUAGUGAAAUUUUCAAGUUUGUUUACUGCAGUAGUUCAAACAAUAGUAUUGCUCUACUUUUUAUUCAAAACAUAAAUUGAAAACUCAUCUCUUUUUAGAUAGAGUUCAAAUUCUUCAGAUGGUUACAAUUCUAAUAAAUAUUCUAGUGGUGGGAGUAGUAGUAGCGGAGGUUAAGAUAUUGAUGUUGAUGAUGAUAUUGAUGAUAAAUAAGGUUAAAAUAACACAUAAAACCAAUCAACAGAAAAUGACUUUGAUAAUUUCACCCUUCCUUAAAGGAAUCCUAAUUAUUUUGCCAAAAUGUUUAGCUCGAGAGUCUCUAAAAUAUCAAGAGGUUUAACAAAAUAGUCAACUACUUAGACAUUUUAAUAGAGCUCAAAAUCAUCAGUUAUAUCAAGUAACCUUAUAAAUUAGCUCAAAAAAAGUAAGCUCCCAUCAGAAGCUCAUUAAACUAGUAAAAGAUUAAGCUAAUCAUGA